CAGAUCCCACGAUUGGUUUGGGCGCAUGUGUCUGAAUCGGUUCGGCGAUCUGCUAGUUCGGUCUGCGCAUGAGCGGGACGCGCAGGGAGAGGAGUGGGACUGGGAGCAGCUGUGGCAAAUGUUCCACCAGUCCAGCAAUCUCGAAAAGAAGGAGAAAUUUACAGAACAAGAAAACUUACGCUCAGUAAGCGGGCUCGAGUGAGAAGAAGAGUGCCGAGAACCAGUGUUCAACUCCGAAGGGCUUAAACUAACAAAUCGCUCGUUUCUCAACUCAUUGGAAACAAAAUAACAACCACGAAAAGACUGACAAUAAAAGACAAACAUUCCCGCGGGCUUCAGCCCACAACUGACGCCAGACCGAACAAGAGAUUCAGUACAUCAGCACUGCGUCUACUCGGACGUCCACCCUUUAUUAUUUUUGAAGAUUCUUUCUUGUCUUUGUGAAAACUCAGGAAACAAUGAAGACCUAACUCAUGUGUUAGCCGCUGAGCUGAGCUGGCCCAGCGCGAGAGAGUGCGUGUGAGUGUGUGUGCGGGAAACUUUCUCAAUUUGCUUUAAAAGCCUGGUUAAAAGCUUUAACAGAGUUAAAGAACAAGCUAAGGCUCUCUUCUCGUUUUUGUUGCAUGGAGGUAAGGGGCGAGGACAGGGGAUCGGACGGCAGUAGAGGCCCCGACUCGACCCACUUUCCCCAUUACUCCAAACCCGCUCGAGUGCGGGUCACGGAUUCUGACGUGAUGAUCUACCCGGGCGCAGGAGAGGAUCUGGCAGGGAGAGCUGCUUCUGCUGGCUGCGAUUCCCCCUCUUCAGACUGCCCAGGCAGCAGCCGGAUGUCCCCUACCGAUGGGCCUGCGGUCUUCCCACCUUUACCGCCGCCGCCGAAUUUAUUCGGGGCGCACGGGAGUGUGGAUGAAAGUGAUCAACAGGAUGGACCGGAAUAUGAGGAAGAGGAGGUUGUGUUCCCUCUAUCCGCGCCUCCCACCAACCAAUGGUACCAUGGAAAGUUGGACCGAACCAUUGCAGAAGAGAGGUUGCGUCAGGCUCGGACACCAGGCAGCUACCUCAUUCGGGAAAGCGACCGCCGGCCUGGCUCCUUUGUGCUGUCCUUCCUCAGCAUGACCAACGUGGUCAAUCAUUUCAGGAUCAUUGCGAUGUGUGGGGAUUACUACAUCGGUGGCCGGCGCUUUUCAUCCCUGUCAGACCUCAUUGGUUACUACAGCUAUGUGUCUUGCCUGCUGAAAGGUGAAAAAUUAUUGUCUCCGGUGGCUCCCCCAGAGCCAGUGGAGGACAGGAGACGAGUGAGGGCCAUACUUCCAUACACCAAAGUGCCAGAUACUGAUGAGAUCAGUUUUCUCAAAGGAGACAUGUUUAUCGUUCACAAUGAACUGGAAGAUGGUUGGAUGUGGGUUACAAAUGUUCGGACAGAGGAGCAGGGCCUUAUAGUGGAUGAUCUUGUGGAGGAGGUGGGACGAGAAGAAGAUCCCCAUGAGGGAAAAAUCUGGUACCAUGGGAAGAUCAACAAACAAGAGGCGUACAACCUGCUAAUGACAGUUGGCCAGGUAUGCAGCUUUCUGGUCAGGCCGUCAGACAACACGCCGGGGGAUUACUCACUAUUUUUCCGCACCAAUGAGAACAUCCAAAGGUUUAAGAUCAGCCCGACUCCCAACAACCAGUAUAUGAUGGGAGGGCGGUACUAUAACAGCGUUGAUGAAAUUAUCGAACAUUACCGAAAAGAGCAGAUUGUGGAAGGCUACACGCUGAAAGAUCCUGUAUCGGUCCAGCAACAGGAACAAGUCCUCUCUGACCUGGUUGACGGCAAAGAAAUCUAUAACACUAUUCGACGCAAAACAAAAGAUGCUUUCUAUAAAAACAUUGUGAAGAAAGGAUAUCUUCUCUUCAACAAAGGUAAGGGAAAACGCUGGAAGAACUUGUACUUCAUUCUGGAGGGGAACGACGCUCAGCUCAUUUAUUUUGAGAGUGAGAAAAGAGCCACCAAGCCCAAAGGAUUAAUUGACUUGAGUGUGUGUUCUGUGUAUAGUGUUCAUGACAGUUUGUUUGGCAGGCCAAACUGUUUCCAGAUUGUGGUUCAGCACUUUAGUGAAGAGCAGUACAUUUUCUACUUUGCCGGGGAAACACCUGAGCAGGCCCAGGAUUGGAUGAAAUGCUUGCAGACAUUCUGCAAUAACCUUAGGAAACCCAUACAGACCACAUCCAACAAGCGUUUGCGUCAGGUGAGCAGUUUAGUCCUGUAUGUGGAGGAGGCCCACAAACUUCCCAUCAAGCACUUCACCAACCCAUACUGCAACAUAUCACUGAACAGCGUGCAGGUGGCCAAAACUCAUCCUAGAGAGGGACAGAACCCAGUGUUUACGGAGGAGUUCAUUUUUGAUGAUCUGUCAAGCGAAAUCAACAGAUUUGAAAUCAGCUUAAGUAACAAGACCAAAAAGAGCAAAGAAAGUGAUAUCUUGUUCAUGCGCUGCCAGCUGAGCAAGCUGCAGAAGGGCCAGAUGAUAGAUGAGUGGUUUCCUCUGAGCUCCUAUGUGCCUCUGAAGGGAACUGAGCCAGGCUCGCUUCGUGUGAGAGCACGCUACUCCAUGGAGAAGAUCAUGCCGGAAGAAGAGUACAGUGAAUUCAAAGAGCUCAUCCUGCAGAAAGACUUUCAUGUGAUCUAUGGUUUGGCUCAUGUGUGUGGGCAGGACCGUACCCUGCUGGCCAGCAUCUUACUCCGGAUAUUCAGGCAUGAGCGAGCUGAAGCUCCGUUACUGAGGACGCUGAACGACAGAGAAAUUAAUAUGGAGGAUGAAGCGACAACGCUGUUUCGUGCCACUACUCUUGCCAGUACUUUGAUGGAGCAGUACAUGAAGGCCACAGCAACACCUUUCGUCCAUCAUGCCCUUAAGGACAGCAUACUGAAGAUCAUGGAGAGUAAGCAGUCCUGUGAGCUGAAUCCAUCUAAACUGGAAAAGAAUGAGGAUGUUAAUAUGAAUUUAGCUAACUUGCUCAUUAUCCUGUCUGAGCUGGUGGAGAAGAUCUUUAUGGCUGCUGAGAUCUUGCCUCCGACCCUGAGGUACAUAUACGGCUGUCUGCAGAGGUCUGUGCAGCAGAAAUGGCCCAACACUACAAUGAAGACCCGGGUUGUUAGUGGUUUUGUCUUCCUGAGGCUCAUCUGUCCUGCCAUUCUCAACCCCAGGAUGUUCAACAUCAUCGCUGACCCUCCAUCAACCACAGCAGGUCGAACGCUCACCCUGGUGGCCAAGUCUGUGCAGAACUUGGCUAACUUGGUGGAGUUUGGUGCUAAGGAGCCCUACAUGGAGGGAGUGAAUCCUUUCAUCAAGAACAACAAACAAAGGAUGAUCAUGUUUCUGGAUGAGCUGGGGAAUGUUCCUGAUCUUCCAGAAUCGACUGAGCACUUUAGGACUGAUUUGUCCCGUGACCUUGCUGCCCUGCAUGAGAUCUGUGCUACACAUUCUGAUGAACUCCGCACCCUCAGCAAUGAAAGAGGAGCCCAGCAGCAUGUACUGAAAAAACUGCUGGCCAUCACUGAGCUCCUCCAGCAGAAACAGGUGCACUAUGCCAUGUCCAACACCAACAGAACUGAAUGUACCUUUAUGGCUGUAGCCACUACUAUCCAGGUCCUCUGAAAGAACAGACUGAUAGCAAAGACAGCAAGACUUAUUUCUACCCAAAUGCAAAGGAUUACACGACUAGUUAGGUGACACACUGCCACCGAAUUCACCUUUAGCUCAAAGAUGAACCAUCAAGUGGACAGUUAAGAGACAUUUCUGUAUAAUUCUCUUCUGGAUCUUCCUACACUGAGAAUCCAAAAUGUAUUAUUUUACCAAAUGUUCAAAGAUCAGACAUGCUGUCUGGUUUCCACUUAGAGAGACUCCGACCACCUCCAGGACUACCAACAGAAACAACCCAGACACUGAACUACAUCACUGAAAAUUAUGAUGGUCAGGACAUCAACAGCUUACAACCUUGGAGCCACGAGUAUUAGAUGAGAUCUUUCGCACUACACUGCUCUUGACCAUCAGGGAAGCAAGAUGCACUUACGGUGCAAGCCUUAAAAAUGUCUACACACUGUUUUACCUCACAACCUCUUCCUGUUUUUAACUGCAGUUUCAAGUGCAUGUAGGCUUUGAUUCUACAGCUCUUACCUUCUAAGCUGGUUGGCUUGACAAGAUGCUGCAUCCUGCCUUUUAUCUCCAAACUGAUAUUUGUUUGUGGCAUGACAUGUACCAUGUGAGAGAUCAGUGAGAAAUAUACAUUUUUUUGCAGAACAGAUUAUGGUUGUGGCACUUCGCUUGGUGCAUGUGUCUCCUUAACCUUUCCCUCCGUUCUUCCACCUAACCUGGUGCAACAACUUAAAUAUAUUGCUUUACUUCAGAAUGAGCGGAGUACAUGGACUUUCUGGUUGUUAGAAAUAAAUGAAAAACCCCAAAAUCCACUGACCGUUAAGUACAUUACAUUUUAUAUCACAAUCAAGUUUAGUAGAUUUACACGAGGAGUCUAUUUGUGAGUUUCUUGAGAGGAUGUCGAUAAUUAUUCCUUGGAUCUUAAUUGCAUAAAACCUCAGUCAUGUAAGGUCAACUUUACAGGUACUUACAUUGUCCUUUAUGUGCUGAUCCUUACAAUGAAGUGGAUCAGUAAUAGCAAUGUCAUGGUCAUUUGAAUGAUGAUUAUGAAAUAUGAAUGUGGUAUCUCCAAGUUGCUUCUAAGAAUAUCACGAUAUUAUCAUGGUACAUGUCCAAAACAAUACAUGGUUUUCCCACUGUACUUUUUGUUAAUGAAAACAGAUGUAAACUCAUUAAUGCUGACUUGAAAAAUCUCACUUAGUUUGUUGUUGUCAUCUGCUGUUCUGGAAAGGGACUCUUUACAGUACAUUUAGCUGAAUUUUAUGACCCAGCAGAUCUCAGAAACAGCAUGACACAGAUGUAACAGGUUUUUUUCUAUUUCAGGUAGCUCAUGUAUUUUAUUUUUCUAUUUUAUACUUACAAAACACAAUUUUGCAUCUUAGAUACAAAACAGCAAGUGACUAACCUGGCUAAAUAAAACACUUAUUAUGAUUA